CAUCACCUCACCACCUGCAACUCACCUUUCUUGUAUUCCCUUCGAGAAAAUCCUUUACCGAAAGCGUGUUGAAGUCAGUCCUGGCUGAACUCCGCGCGGUUGCACUGUCGUCACGAUGACAAAUGCCCCAGCCCCGGGAGAAGAGAUAUGACACCAGGUUUCAGAGAUGGAAGACUCCUUGACUACUGUCAGGCAGAUUAUUUGGACUGUCACCGGAGCGAAUUCAUUGGGGAGGCAACUAUGCGAUACGCAAAGAGUGUCUCGUGCAGGUGAAUGUGCCAUUUGUGCAGAAAGGAAAGUGUCAGAUGGACACCUUGCGCUGUGAAUGUGCAAGUGACGUCUUCAGCGCCCCCUUGAUAUACCGUCCCGCAUGAGUGGACGGAAGACCAAACGGUUUACUAUGGAAUUCAACCGCGAUGCCCAAUACGCAAAGCCUUGACCGCGUUCGGUUUCCAUAACAGUCAACUUAUUUUUUCGAAUCAAAGAAAAUCUUAAACAUAUAUAUCAGAGGACGUAGCUUCUUACCAGACUACAUUCAUUACGUUAUUCAAAAUAACGAAGGACUAUAACACAAAGGCUCCGCGUCUUGUAGCGACAGCAUUGUCAGACUGCAUGCCAGAGGAUGGGGAUAACCCCGGGGGGGACACGUGACACUUAGGGCAUUCAACAGGUGUCUUGUUCAGCAGCUUCGGUGGUAUGUAUGAGCCAAUACGCGACACUCGUCAUCAGUGCCCCUUCGCCCGCGCCUGGGACGUCGGAAAGGGCUCCUUGUUCAUGCUGACGCCCAAUAGUGCCAGCGCGGUACCACCUGCAACAGUGGACGGGGAAACAAUAAUUGGCAUCCCUCCAUGGGGGGAGGGGCUUUACGGUGAUCCCUCACUACCCCUCAGUGAUACCCAGGGCUCCCUCGGAACACACUGCCGUUCCUAUCAGCGCCCCAGGGACUUCACAACAAUACCGAGCCAAAGAUUCAGUUACUGAGCGAGGAGCGCGCGGGGGCCACGGAGCUUUGCCCUCUGAGCAUCACGCGUGUGUUCGAGUUACUUCUGAGUGUAAGAAAUAUCUGCAACGCGAAGAACAGAACAAUAAAGGAAAUCCGCAUAAGUGGAGCUCAUCCUGAGUACAGUGCAGAACAAACACUUCGCCUAAGCCACUCUUAAGCCCGCUAAAGCCAAGAUCAGUGAAGCCGUUUUGCGAUAAUCAGGAAGCGAGAGCGAGAGAGAACGCCGAAAGAAUCUGAACAGGAGUGUCAAACGCAUUCAUCCAACGCGAGACACAUAGGCGCAUGUUUCAUUUGACAGUUCCUAUCCGUGUGAAUUCGGGUUAUGGAAACAGUGACCGUGUAAAAAGACGAAACGCUGUAAACUAAUUUUUUCAAAGAUAAUUCCUCGGCCUCAACUCUAAAGGAAAAUAAAAAAAUCACAGAGGUGUAAAUGUCUGUUAAAUACCAUCGAAUUUUUUGACAUUGGACGUACAGGUCGGUGUGGCACGACUUAAGCGUUGCAGAAGUCGACAACGAAAAUAGUACAAUGAAUUUUAUGUACUACAAGGGAUUCUCGGACGAAAAACCCAGUUCUUCAUUCAGUGGCUACAAGAAGAAGGCUAUACCAAGAAAGAGCAAAGGCAACAUUCAACAUGGACAGGAAGGUCACGCCCAGGGCUGCGACUGCGAAGUCUGCGCCUCCGAGUUCCCUCUCCGGACCCACCCCUUCCUCGAUAUGUCCUACUCGAGGCUGAACCAGGACCAGAAGCCGUCUUCAACCUCGAAAUUCAGCUUUUUCAGCCGCAAGAAGCCUUCGAGCCACACCCCCGCGCACACUGCGGCCGCCUUGGCGCUGGCACAGGAACAGAGGCGAGCAAGUGCCAGGGCCCAGUUGCAAGCGCAGCAAGAGGCGGAGGCCAUGGCGAGGGCGCUGCAGGAACCCGUGACGCUGGGCACCCUCAAGCAGGACUCCCUCAUGAUACCGGUGGCUAAGAUGAAGCAGUUCUUCCCGGCGGGGCAUCCGAUCCCGACCAUUGCGUCACAAGGGCGCCUACGGCUGCUAGAGGCCCCAGAGCACAGCAUCCACGUGGUGUUCCACAUGAUGGGCUCGGCCGUCCACGUCAACGCGGCGCUCCGGUCUCCGCUGCUCGACUCGUACGCGCACCAGCGGGAGUGCGUCGUCAAGGCAUUCAAGGCAGCCGUGUCCGCAGCGAACGUUGGCGCCGGCACGCUGCAGGGCAUGGUUCUCCUCAACCUGGAACGAGGCGGCGAGAUGGGCGCAGUGGAGUUCCCAUUCAUGAUCGUCUGGUUCGUGGACGGCCGACAGUGCGACGCCAAUCAGCUGAUCGGGCGAGUACGACAGAGCAGUCUCGAGACGCUGGACCCCAUGAAGACAGGUUUCACUUGCUCGCACUACUUCGAUACCUUCGAGGAGGUGGCGACGUUAGCUCGGCCGCCUCUAGAGAAGAUGCAGCGGAAGCCUUCCUCGGCCCACACGGGGUACAUCAUCACCGUCUUCAGGGUAUUUGAAGGGAACGACGGCGUCAAGUUUGAGAGGAACUGGCUAGGGUGGACGGGAGCCAGAACGUUGUACAAGAGCCUGACGAGCGAGGUCGGCCUCAAACGCAUCACGCUGCACAAGUCGUCGCCGCAGAACGGGACGCUGCACUACGUCCUCAUGUGCGACUGCACCAACUUCCUCACUUGCUUCAACAAAGCCGUCAAAGCCGUUCCUUCCUUGCGCAUGCGAUUAUGUGGAGAUACGGGGUUAUAUAGGCCUAUAUGUUCACUUUGAAUCUGUCUCUGGGAUUAUUUUCCUUUUUCAUGUAAGAUACUUCUCUCUUUUUUUCUAUCCGUUGGUCCCAUUAAUCUUAAGUUUGUUAGUGUGGCUCAUAAGACCAAAGUGUUUAUGCGAGGGUUGAUUCUUCACGUUAAUUCGCUGCAUCUCAGGUUGAUUUUAUGGGUUACAGAGCCUAAUGUCUUGUUUUAUAAGCUCCACAGCUGACGUACUUUAUAUGAUAGGUUUUUUUUAUGAUCGACGUGCUGACAAUCAUUGAUUGUUGAGUUGCAAGCGAGGGUAAUUGAUAUAUACCCUUUUAUUUCUCUUGGCUGAUUUACUGGCAAGGGAUACAUCAGAUACUGUACAUGUUUGUAUAUAUUAUUAAUUUGUAGUCUUUCACUUUUUUCCCCAGACGCAGCUCGUAUGAUCUUGUUUUGUUAACUUUUGGUACGAUAUUUACAUGGGUUUUUCAUUCACCAUUUUCUAUAGUUCUUAGUUGUUUUUACUACUCGGAAUCGUUUGUGUAUUACUCAUAUAUAUAUAUAUAUAUAUAUAUAUAUAUAUAUAUAUAUAUAUAUAUAUAUAUAUAUAUAUAUAUAUAUAUAUAUAUAUAUAUAGAUUUGUUAACAAGCAAUGCAGUUUGUCACGUUAUGACAUAGGGUCUUCGUUGAUUAUAUGACUUCGGUAAUGCAUGAAAGCAAACAGAAAAAGCAAUUGAAGAUGAAUGCGAGGAUGUACACUGAAAGACCAGUUUGUGUCACGUGUGUGUCGGUGCUGACACUUAGGAAAGGUCAAGUAGUCUAAUAACAGCAGAUAGUAAUAGAUGUGGUAAUAUAAAAGGUUCAGUGUUUUUUUGUUAUUGCAUAUUUUCGACUAUAAAUUUCACUGAGAGUCUUUCCUUACUAAUGGUUAUAUUAUGAAUUAAAUGUGGUUUAUAUACAUGGUGCUAAAAGAGCUUCUGAGAGCAGUGUGUCUUCCCGUCGCGAUAGGCCUACAGGAGUGACUGGCAGUUGAGCACCUUCAUUCCAUUCAGCUUGGACUCGAUAGAGGAAUUUUGUAAAAUGUCUAUUUCUUCUGUUAAUGGUGUGCCGUCGAUACACUUCAAGACGCCCGCACAAGAACAGGUGUCAUGCGAAUCCACGUCUGACAGUGACAGAUAUGUUAAGUACCCCCUGUCUGUAUCCACUGGAAUAAUACCUCCUUCCUAUACCCGUGUUACGUUGAAUCUCAGGUGUGUCUUGUGAUGGGUUAUUCCCUAUAUAGUGGUUUUCAUCACUAUACCGUCGUGAUUGUUAAUGUAAGAUCGUUCACAUAUUUUACCAAUAUGUUGACCUGUAUUCAUUUUUCAUAGCCUGUGAUAAAAAGACAAUAACGAUUAUAAUAAAUUUUAUGAAAAAAAU